GAAGGCGCCCUGGCCGUCAGCCAAUCAGGGCGGGGCGGGAUGUGACGCAGAGUCUCGCGCAAGGAAGCCCCGGGACUGGGCGCGCCAAAUUUCAAAGGACUUCCUCCUGGAGGACGGAGCUGCAGCGGAGCCUGAAGAGAAAUGGCGACAAAAUCCCUGUGAAACAGCGGCAUCAUAGUAGAUCCGAGGUGGACGCGGAGGCGGGGAGUCUGCGGGUCGAGUGGCCGGAGGAAGUGAACCCCCAGCGGCCGGAGAGCAGCAGGAGCACUCGCUCCCCUGCAGCUGUUAUCUGAGGCUGUCAGGCUUCCCACCUGUGAGACGGCUGAUGUCAGGAGCCUGGGAUUCUAUUAUCUGCAACACACACACACACACACACAGGAACACACACACACACACACAGGAACACACUCACACACACACACACAGCUGACAGCCAUUCACGCAUGGAAAUAUUAAAAGUCAGGACUGAAAGUCACGGCUGUCAGGUUUUUACGCAGAUUUACUUUUCAAGCUUUUAAUGUUUACUGCACCUUUCACAUUAGCAUCACACACACACGGAGUCGUCCAGGUUACAGGAAGCCUUUGUUCUCAAAUCCUCCUUCGUACAGCCGUCACUCCGCGGGGGGGGAUUUAGUCUCUGAGCUGGGUGCACAGGCUCGUUUCCUCAUCAGCUCGCACACAGCUCUUGGAUCCUCAUUAUUUAUUCAUGCACUCGCAGCAGGACGCAAGUCAUCAACUUUCCAUGCUGCUGAAAACACCUGUUGCCUGAAGCCCCUGCACCUGCCUCUCACCUUCAAGCCUGUGUGAUAAUAUCCAACCCUGUCGAGCUCGGAACUCUUUCAUCAAACCCAAAUUCAUUCAACCCAUGUUCACUAGUUAAGAGUUGGACCCCAGAAUGGGCCGCAGCCUCCUGUAGCUCAGGGCCGUUCACAGAUCGGUGGGGGCCUCUGGGUGGGCCGGGUGGAGGGUUUAGUGGUGGCAGACGAUCAGACCCCUCAGUCAUGCUGUCCGGGGUGCAGCCGUGCUUCCAGUUGCUCCGGAUCGGUGCGUCGACGGCCGACUCGGCGCGGGACCUGUACACGUUCAGGCCGGCCCUGAGCCACUCGGUGUUUCGUCUGGGCCGGGCGGCGGAGUUGUGCGACGUCACGCUGGACUCCACGUCGGUGUCCCGCAUCCACGCCGAGCUGCAUGCAGAGAGGGAGGCGAGCGGCGGUGACGCGGCCCCGCAGGAGGAGGGCUGGAGGGUCCACAUCAAAGACAGGAGUAGUCAUGGCACCUGGGUCAACGAGGUCCGCCUCCAGCCUGGCGUCCAGUGGGAGCUCUCAGAUGGCGACACGCUGACCUUCGGUGGCCAGUCGGCUCCGGGGAGCCCCGAGUUCUACUUCCUCUUCCAGAAGGUCAAAGUUCGCCCGCUGGACUUCGAUGCCAUCACAAUUCCGAAGGCAGGAACCUUUUCCUCCGACUUGCAGAACCGGAUCAGAACGAACCAGGACCGCAAGGUGGAGGCCAACCUGGACCUGUCCAAGCUGUCAAUCAACCGGGCCACCGUCAUCCUCAACUCCAUCGGCAGCCUCAGUAAGAUGAGUGGCAGCGCCUGGACCUUUAAGAGAAGCUACAGCCAGGAGGGAACCGUUUCAGACCCGGGCUCCUCCUCCUCCACACCUCCGCUCGCCGUUAGCUUCUCCGCUCUGCUCCCUCCCUCCACCCCUCCAUCAUUCUCCUCUGCAGCUUCAGUGCCUUCAACAAAGUCCAUCCAACCGACCUCCAGGAGCAGGAGGAAGUCGGCUCACACGGUGCUCCUCGAGGACGACAGCUCAGACGAGCCCAGGAGUCGAGGAGUUCUGACAGGAGUUGUGGAGGACGGACAGAAACCAAAAGGUAAGAAGAGGCGGCGGCUCUACAAGUCUGAGUCGGAAGGUUUCAGCUCACCUCCUCCUCUGCCGCUGCAGCCCAAGAGCCACAAUGACGUCAGGAGGCCCCUGGAGGCCAAGCCCUUCCCUGCCGGCAUCAGGACCAUUGGCAGUUUCCACGGCGCCAUGACGAACAGCCGACUCAACCACCACCUCCUUCAGGCGUCGUUCACCAACACUGCGGUCCACAAACAGGACGUGCAGACGAUGCACCGCAUCAAGACGGUGGUGCAGGGCAACAUCGCCACUUUCCGCCAGAAAACCGUCCACAGUUCGCCGACGGCGCAGAGGGGCAGGCGGAGGGCUCACAGCUCUCCAGUUUUCUCUCCCCUGGUGGUGGGAGGGGAGAACUACAGCCUGGCUUCGCCCUCAGUGAGGAUCCACACGGAGGAAAGAGGAAGGGUCCCGUUCAACAGGUUUCACCAUCUAACUAGCAAGCGACGAGGCCGCCCCAGAAAAAACCCUCUUCCUCCGCGGCCCUCCCUGCCCUCUCCAUCCUCCUCGUCCUCCUCUUCCACCUCCUCAGCCUCGUCGUCCUCCUCUGGCUCCUCCUCUUCCUCCUCAGAAGAUGAGGAUGAUGAGGAAGAGGACGACGAAGAGACAACAGUCGGGACAGUGGAGCCGUGUGCGGCGCCGCGGUGCCGGCUGCCCCAGCAGGACACGGUGCAGUGGAUCCAGUGUGACGUGUGCGAUGCCUGGUUCCACAUAGACUGUCUGCAUGUCGACCGCAAGAAGCUGCUUGUGGACCCGAACGCUGACUUCCACUGCGGCUGUCGCUGACUGGACAGAGUUUGUGACCAUGAAAUUAAAUAAAUGCUCCAGUUUAGACUUUAUAAGUUUCCACAUAUCCCCUUAAAUGUUUAUUUCCUUCAAACUCACAUGGAAAACAGGCUCCUACUUCCUCUAAUGGCCCAGGCUGCUCCUCUCAAGUGUGCAGUGCUUAUCUUUACCCUCGUCAGCAGCUGGCGAGGGCGGGAAGAUACUUUCCUUCAGACUUUUAGGCCUCGAUCUUUCCAAGUUCGAGGAUUCGUGUCCUGACAGUCACACAAGUGCUUCCACAAACCCGCUGUUGAGUCAGUUUCAGGGUUCCGAUUUUGAGGGAGGAGGCAGAACUGCGAUGAAAUGUCUCGGGUCAGAUUUCAUUAUGGCCUCGUCUGCCUGGAGAGGUGUGAUCAGGGUGGGGGAGCAUGAUGAAAUGUCUCCUGGUAGACUCCCACCGUGGCACCAGGGGGCAGGCGGCGGUCAGGAAGAUUAAUGAAAUGUUUCGGACCACAGUAGCAGACUCUACAAGGUGAUUAAACUCUCUUCGAUGUCUCCGUGUGGCCUCCCUCACUAUUUUACAAAACAGCUCAAUUUUUCAGAGCAGAAUUGGACCUUCCAGCAUCCCUACCCCUGCCAAAGAAAACAGCGCUGGGACGGCGUUUUCCCCCCUCGCCAAUAAUAAAACUGGAUGAGAUGUUUCAGUGCAGCUUUCCUGGGUGGCAGCAGCUGUCUCAGAGUGGGCGUGUGAUGUUUCAAGAUAAUUAAACGGCAGGAAAUGUGUCAGCAGAUUUCUGUUGUUGCUGCUGAUGAGAAGUGCUCUUGGGACUGUAAUCAAAUGUUUGAAGACGCUCCUGCAGAGGCAGCUGCUGGGGGGGGUUUUGGAGGAGGGGGUGUGCGUAUGCAGUGGGACUGUGUUUUUAUAAGAUGUCUGAAUGCAGCCUGGCACUGUGGCUGCCGCUGGUCUGGGAGGAAUCAUUAGUGAAAUGUCACGAAAUAUCUGCUGCUGGUGCCACAGGAUGAAAGGAUUCAGUUUCCGUUGGGUUCAAUCUGGGGCUGCGACCACACGACUACGUUUUAUAGUUUUGAAACGCAUCCCUGUUACGUUACGCCUGCCGUUGACUCGAUUCACGUUGCGUUUGAGGAUGGAAAUCAGAAGUUUGAAAACGCUAACGACCCCGUUUAGCGCUCGUGUGGACGGUGGAGGGGGUUUUAGUUUUAAAGCGAAAACGUAGUCGUGUGGAUGUAGCCUUUAUGUUGUUGGUUUUUCAAGUGUCUUCUCACCACUGAACGCGGACGAUGCUUUUGUCCUGGAUGAAAUGUGCCGGACCUGAAAGAGUCGUUCUCCACCACUGAACAAUUGAUGCAUCUUCACUCGGGUGCUAGAAUAAAAUCUAAAUGUGUAACUCUUAAACUCUUCUCCUAAGCACCUUUUCUUGUAUUUAAUUGUAAAUUUCUACUUGGGUUUGCAGUUGCUUUGCAAAUUUUACUUUCUGAAUAACGUCUGACCGCUCUGACUCGAUUCAGAUGGUGAUACAGUAAAUGUAUAUAGUUCGUCUGGGCUGGUGUUGUGUAAAAGGUGACGAACAAAUUCUACUUUAAUCAAACUACUGUGGCAGUUUCUCGGAGUGGUGAUAAAAUGAGUUGAUGAUAAAAACCUGAUUCUUGAGCAAUAAAUUAAGGGGAAAAACUAAAUCUUUAUAACCCUAACCCUUUUCUAACAUAAUAUGAUAUUGUGGAAGAAAUUUCAAUUCCUUUGAUUUAAAGGAGACAAGUGAUGUCUUUUCAAAUUAUUUCCUCUAGUGUGUAAAAUGUUUUUUGUGAAUGUAAAAGUUUCUGCUCAGUGAAAAAGCCCUGAAUCUGCGGUAGAGGGAAAACACUGAAGCUCCUGAUGUUCCUGAAACAUCUCGUCACUGAUCUGAUGCUUCUGUCACGUGACAUCACAGCCCACAUUUGCAUUGCGUACAUUUAGCGUCUAGUCUUACACGCCUCCUUACAAAGCCAGGUAAAGCGAGAGCGGAGGCAGCAGAGUGGGUCAGCUGGCCAAUCACGAUCUGAGACUAGACAUGUCUCAGACCCCCCGUCGCCAGUCAGUCACGUGGUAGGAACUCUGAGACGUCAAGUCCUGUGAACUCUGCUUUAAACCAAGUGUUUCAGAGACAGAGGCUGAGAGGAGGAGCUGCCGCAGCGAGGAAAGUGAUGUUUUCUGAACAUUUGAGCAUGUCGACCUUUUCAACUAAUAACACAAAUUAAAAUUAUCAACCUAAAUACGAGCAGAAUCUGUUUCCUCUAACAUAAAAAUCACAAGAUAAUGUAAAUUUAGAACUUUAAAUCCAUAAACCUGUGUUUGAUGUAGUGAAACUGGCCACGAGGCUCUAGUUUCAUAUUUCCGUAGACACCUGUUUGGGCAGCAUAUCACCAUGGUAACAGCCAACACUUUAAUUUAAGGUUUCAUCUUAAUGCAGUAUUACAGUAAGAAUCAUGUAGCAUUGAACAUUUAAUCUUAACAGUAUAAUACAGAUCUUUAAGGAGCUGGUUUGUCAUGUUGAACAGUGAUUUACAAAUAUAAAAGAAGAAAGAGUUGUUUUUUUAUUUUUCUGUGUUAAUCAGUUAUUUUUCUAUUUGUUUGUCUUAAAACUUUAUUUUGUUGCAGCUUCUUUCACCAGUAAAGAUUUUUUAUAAAUGUUGCA